AGUGCAUGCUGGGAUGAUUUGGGACGCUCCCUGGCAACAAAAACAGCUGAAUGUUAAAUCAGUACAAAAAUAACAAUAUUAUUUUUGUUAUUGUUUUGCUAAAAUAAAAAAUAAAAACUUAACCCCUUAUACUCGGGUAGGAAUCUAGAGCACAAUGCAGGUAGAAGAUGCGCGGUAUCUGAAAAGGAAAGUGAAGGGAGGGAACAUAGAUGUCCACCCAACUGAAAAGGCCCUUGUUGUUCACUACGAGGUGGAAGCAACUAUUCUUGGGGAGAUGGGGGACCCCAUGCUGGGGGAACGAAAGGAGUGUCAGAAAGUCAUACGUCUCAAGAGCUUGAAUGCCAACACUGACAUUGCAUCCCUUUCACGGAAGGUAGUGGAGGAGUGUAAGCUGAUCCACCCUUCUAAACUGGCUGAGGUGGAGCAGCUGCUGUUCUACCUGCAAAACCGAAGGGACACUCCCACUGGGAGAGAAAAGAAAGAGAAGAAGCUGAGCAAACCAAAGGACCCGCCUCCCUUUGAGGGGAUGGAGAUUGAUGAGGUGGCCAGCAUUAAUGACAUGGACGAUUACAUUGAGUUGCUGUAUGAAGAAAUUCCUGAUAAAGUCAGAGGUUCUGCGCUAAUCCUACAGCUGGCUCGCAACCCUGACAACCUGGAAGAACUGUUGCAAAAUGAGACUGCACUAGGGGCUCUGGCGAGAGUCCUAAGGGAAGACUGGAAACAGAGUGUGGAGAUUGCUACCAACAUCAUCUAUGUAUUCUUUUGCUUCUCAAGCUUUUCACAAUUCCAUGGGCUGAUCACUCACUAUAAAAUUGGUGCUCUGUGUAUGAACAUCAUUGACCACGAGCUGAAAAGACACGACUUGUGGCAGGAAGAGCUGCUUAAAAAGAAGAAAGCUGUCGAAGAUGAUCCUGAAAACCAAACCCUGAAGAAAGACUAUGAGAAAACAUACAAGAAGUACCAAGGACUUGUGGUCAAACAGGAACAGUUAUUAAGAGUUGCCCUGUACUUAUUGCUGAACUUGGCUGAAGACACACGCACAGAGCUGAAGAUGAGAAACAAGAAUAUUGUUCAUAUGCUGGUAAAAACCUUGAAUAGAGACAACUUUGAGCUCCUCAUCCUUGUGGUGUCCUUUCUUAAGAAACUCAGCAUUUUUAUGGAAAAUAAGAAUGAUAUGGCAGAAAUGGAUAUUAUUGAGAAACUGGCCAGACUGGUUCCAUGUGAACACGAGGAUCUGCUAAACAUCACCCUGCGUCUCCUUCUCAAUCUCUCCUUUGACAAUGGGCUUCGCAACAAGAUGGUCCAAGUGGGGCUGCUGCCAAAACUCACCGCACUCUUAGAAAAUGAAAACCACAAGCAGAUAUCGAUGUGCAUUCUCUAUCACAUCAGUAUGGAUGAUCGAUUUAAAUCCAUGUUUGCAUACACAGAUUGCAUUCCACAGUUGAUGAAGAUGUUAUUUGAAUGUUCAGAGGAGCGAAUGGACCUGGAACUCAUUUCAUUUUGCAUUAACCUGGCUGCUAACAAGAGGAAUGCACAAUUAAUUAGUGAAGGUAACGGGUUGAAGAUGCUAAUGAAACGAUCAUUGAAGUUUAAAGAUCCGCUUUUGAUGAAAAUGAUCAGAAAUAUUUCUCAGCACGAUGGCCCUACUAAAAACCUAUUUAUUGACUAUGUGGGAGAUCUGGCAGCCCAGAUUGGUCAUGAUGAGGAGGAGGAAUUUGUGAUCGAGUGCUUGGGGACGUUGGCCAACCUGACAAUCCCAGACCUGGACUGGGAACUUGUACUGAAGGAGUACAACUUGGUUCCCUACCUGAAGGACAGACUCAAACCAGGUUCUGCAGAGGAUGACCUGAUGUUGGAGGUGGUGAUAAUGCUGGGGACGGUGUCGAUGGAUGACUCUUGUGCUGCCAUGUUAGCCAAGUCUGGAAUUAUUCCAGCACUCAUUGAACUACUGAAUGCACAGCAGGAGGAUGAUGAAUUUGUUUGCCAGAUUGUCUAUGUUUUCUACCAGAUGGUUUUUCAUCAAGCUACCAGAGAUGUCAUCAUCAAAGAUACCCAAGCUCCAGCCUAUCUCAUUGAUUUGAUGCAUGACAAGAAUGCAGAGAUCAGAAAAGUCUGUGAUAACACAUUGGACAUCAUUGCGGAGUACGAUGAGGAGUGGGCAAAGAAGAUCCAGAGUGAGAAGUUCCGCUGGCACAACUCCCAGUGGUUGGAGAUGGUAGAGAACCGGCAAAUGGAUGAGGGUGAGCCAUACAUGUAUGGAGAUGAUGGCAUCGAGCCAUAUAUCCAUGAGGGAGACAUACUGGAGAGACCUGACCUCUUCUACAGUGCAGAUGGAAUGAUUCCUUCUGAUGGAGCAAUAAGCCCUGGUUUCUUUAAUGACUUCCACGUACAGAAUGGAGACGUGGUUGGACAUCAUCUCUUCCCUGGCAGCAUGGGGAUGGAUGGAAAUGUUCAGCCAGCUGGUGUUCCUGGGCGCCCCACCACAGCCUAUGGCUAUCGCCCUGAUGAGCCAUUCUACUAUGGAUAUGGGAAUAGAUAAACUAAACAGUUAUCACAGCACUUACAAGAAUAGCCUGAUCUCAGACACCUAAUUCCAUGACUCAAAGCAAUUUAGCAUUUCUGAUUUACAACACUAUAUUUAGCUUUCCUGUUAUGGCUUGGACUGAGGAUUGUGUUUUUAUGUUAACUGUUUACAUGCGUAUUUUAAUAUCUGAACAACAUGUAAAGAGUAUUUAGCCAUGACAAUGUUUUAGAACAACAGGCUCCAUGAAUUUAGAAGGUUUCUAGACUGACAGGGUCGGCAUUCUUAUCUGUAUUGGACUUUUGCAGAUCAUUUGAAGAAGGUGUUUUAUUUGUAUUUAUUUCUCAUAUGUUAUCGUCAUCUGUAUAUUUGUAUUUAUUUAAAUGUUGGACGUGUAUGUGACAAACGUGCAGCUAUGUCACAAUCGUCGCUGCGGCAAAUUUUGAAAUCCAUUUCAAAUGGAAAGUGUUGUUACCUAGAAAACACCACCAAAUUCAAUCCAAGGAUGGGAGCAGUGUUGCACGAUGCUUUCGCUUACAGUAUGUUAGUACGAUGCUUGCACUAGAGGAUAUACAGUACAUGUAUGUUCUGGUAUAAACUGAUUAUUUGUAGAUGGGAACACUUUUAUUGGUGUGGCCUGCAUGUGACACAGCUGGAUAUGCGUUUUAUAACUUGGCGCAGAAGGCAGUACAUGUAGCCUACAGUUUCAGAUUGGAAAUUGGCAGCUACUUUUGUUUGUUGUAUUUUUUUUUUAAUCAGAAAACGUAUGCUGUUUUGUUUUUGAGAUGAUGUUUUAUUAUGUUUACUGGUUUUAACCAUUCGUGAUUAUCUUUUAUUGUGGU